AAUAUGGUACUGCAUCCAGAAAGAGAAGACAUCCUUCAUGAAUCCACGCUCAGAGAGAGCAGUGUUGCUAGAUGCUUACUGUUGACUUUCUUCAAAGCCAGAAUAAGCAAAAAAGGACAACACGAGCAUUCCCAGCCCUCUUUGGGAUGUCAAUCCAAGCAACGUUUCCUAUGAAUUGAAGCUUCAACACAAAGCUGGAUGAAAAGGCUGUCCUUUGGAAGCACUCUUACUCCACUGUGGGACAAUGACUAAGAGCUGACGGAAAUUUUGAAGACUCAACGUUUUUUCCUCAUUCUACUGCAAAACCUUUCCAUGUGCAUUGGUUGAAUCUUUUAGUGUGUGUUGCAGGAUUACAUGAUGGAAUUCAAAUUUUCUCAAGAAGAGCGGCGUAUCUCGGAUCAGCACCGCUGAAGUUACCUUCUGAUCGCAGCGCCCAAAGCGCGGUCCUGUAACAAACUUGUCAAAAGAACACGUACAAUGGAUCUCAAAGAAAGCUGCCCAAGCGUUAGCAUUCCCAGCUCUGAUGAACACAGAGAGAAGAAGAAAAGAUUUACUGUUUACAAAGUGUUGGUCUCGGUUGGCAGAAAUGAAUGGUUCGUCCUCAGACGGUAUGCGGAGUUUGAUAAGCUCUACAAUACGCUAAAGAAGCAAUUUCCAACUAUGAACCUGAAGAUUCCAGCUAAAAGAAUAUUCGGAGAUAAUUUUGAUCCCGAUUUUAUUAAACAGAGAAGAGCAGGACUGAAUGAAUUCAUUCAAAACUUAGUUAGACAGCCAGAGCUAUGCAACCACCCAGACGUCAGAGCAUUCCUUCAGAUGGAUAACCCCAAACACCAGUCGGAUCCAUCAGAAGAUGAAGAUGAAAGGAGUAAUCAGAAGUUAAAUUCUACCUCACAGAAUAUCAACUUGGGACCAUCUGGAAAUCCUCACGCUAAACCAACAGACUUUGAUUUCCUGAAAGUUAUUGGGAAAGGAAGCUUUGGCAAGGUUCUUCUUGCCAAAAGAAAACUGGAUGGGAAAUAUUACGCUGUCAAAGUGCUGCAGAAAAAAAUUGUUCUUAACAGGAAAGAGCAAAAACAUAUUAUGGCUGAACGUAACGUGCUUCUGAAAAAUGUGAAACAUCCAUUUUUAGUGGGAUUACAUUACUCAUUCCAAACAACAGAAAAGCUUUACUUUGUUCUGGAUUUCAUUAAUGGAGGAGAGCUGUUCUUUCACUUACAAAGAGAACGUUCCUUUCCUGAGCACAGAGCCAGAUUUUAUGCUGCUGAAAUCGCCAGUGCACUGGGCUACUUACACUCCAUAAAUAUAGUGUACAGGGAUUUAAAGCCAGAAAACAUUCUCCUAGACUCACUAGGUCACGUUGUGUUGACAGACUUUGGACUUUGUAAAGAAGGGAUUGCAAGUUCUGAAACUACUGCAACUUUUUGUGGGACACCAGAAUAUCUUGCACCAGAAGUUAUUAAAAAGCAGCCCUAUGACAACACAGUAGACUGGUGGUGCCUUGGUGCAGUUCUUUAUGAAAUGCUUUACGGGCUGCCUCCUUUUUACUGCCGUGAUGUUGCUGAGAUGUAUGAGAAUAUUCUUCAUAAGCCCCUGGUUCUGCGUCCAGGAAUCAGUCUCACAGCCUGGUCUAUUCUGGAAGAACUUUUGGAGAAAGAUCGGCAAAGCAGACUCGGAGCAAGGGAAGACUUUCUUGAAAUUCAAAAGCACCCAUUCUUUGAAUCUCUCAGCUGGACUGACCUCCUUCAGAAGAAGAUUCCGCCACCGUUUAAUCCUAACGUGGUUGGCCCAGAUGAUAUUGGGAAUUUUGAUGCCGUGUUUACGGAAGAAAUGGUCCCAUACUCAGUUUGCAUUUCUUCUGAUUACAACAUUGUUAAUGCCAGUGUCCUAGAGGCAGAUGAUGCAUUUGUUGGAUUUUCUUAUGCACCACCUUCUGAAGAUAUGUUUUCCUAGGAAGUUAGAAGCCAACAGUGUUUUGGAAGUCUUGGGAUGAACUGAAAUGUUAGAGUUAUGAACACAUUCCAAAAUAGUGUAACCUGUGCCUCGUUUUGUAUGUAGGUUUAAAACCUAUGAACAAACUUUCUCUGCUGUAUAGGAGGAAUUUGGGCAUUUUGGAUGGCUUUCUUUGGGGUUUGAACUGUUUAUUCCUGCUGCAGAAAAUAUUUUUAAAAACUUUAAAUAAUGUUCUCUACAUCUACGUAUUUUUUUAAGCAAAAACACUGACUGUUCUCCUCAGUCCCUUCAGGUUUACAUUCAUAUGUAUCUAAGACUAGGCUGGCACAAAAAGCAGCAAAUUUAGUAAAUUUAUAAAUGCCUUUGUACCUAUU